UAUCUAUGGUCCGAGCACGAAGUCGAGGAGCUUGAAUUGUGAUAAAAAAAAAGAAAAAGGAGGUCGAAUAGAGGGGAACACGAGAGAUAAAUCUGCGCGCGUGUGAAGAUCAACGGUGAUUCGGAGACGGGAGUAACAUGCCAGUGAAGUGUUUCGCCGACGAGAAGAUUUUGUACAAGACACUUCUGUUGCUAUCGAUAUUCACACAGGCAAUCACGCCAGUAUCGAUAUUCGUGUCUGCCACUGCGUCGCACUGUUACUCUUGAGAAAGAAGUAGUUGAUGACGCCGAUGACGCUGUGUUACCCUAUCGUACAAUCGCAAAAUAUAACCUCUCUGUAAGAUGCUCCAGCUUUUAUCAGUCUACCAAGAGACACAAUUGUUUCGAGAAACUUGAUUCCGUCGCACGCUUCUCGUGUGUCACUAGUCCAUCCAUUGUCUCGCAUUCUUUGCUGUUCGCUCACCAUGAAGGUGAUCGUGAAGAAACUGCAGGGGAAAGAAUGCGUCGUUGACAUAUUGCCAUCAGAGACAGUAUUGGAGUUGAAGCACAAAGUUAGUGAUCUUUUGGGUAUUGAUGUACCACAACAGAAAUUAUUACUCACUGGCAAAACCUUAGCAGAUGAAAACCCACUAAGUUUCUAUCCAGGAAUCAAAGAUGGCAGUAAAUUAAAUUUGUUAGUGAUCAAGAAAGCUGAGGAGGGAUCCAGCGAGAGUAAAUCUCAACAAAAAUCUGGUGUUCAUUUGCUGAGAGAUGAAGUCUCCAGAGUGCUCAGGCAUUACUAUACUGUAUCCGAGACAGAGUCCAUAGUCAAUGAGCUGGUAAAGGACUUGAAAAACAAAGUGAAUAAUCUUAGUUAUGAUGAUCUAGAAAGAUUAGCCACUGCGUUACUCCAGGACCAAGAGAACAUAGCUUAAGUAUCGAUCAGGAUUUUUUAAUUCUGCUUACUAAUUGAUUACUAUAAUACAAGUUUAUUUAAUUGAAGCGUUGCCUUAUAUAUAUACAUAUAUAUAUAUGUAUAUAUAUUGUGCAUCCUAAUAAUUUUGGCAACAUGUGUUUAAAUCCUACAAGCAUAAUGAUCAAACAAGGUAAAACGUAACAUGAUACCGCCUUGCAUUGAAAAUUCAAAGUUAAAACACAAUUCUGUGUCACUUAUUAGAAUAUAUUAUAUGCAGAUAUACAUAUUAGAUCAUAAACAUAUAGAUGAAAUGUAAGAUAGGAGAUUGUCAAGGAUCUGCUAAGUCCAAUUGACGAAAGUAUCUCGCUACCAAACAGAUGAAUAAAUUUAGCGCUCCCAGCUCCUGCACAUCCAACUCUCUCUAAAAAACAAAGAGUAAACAUGCGAGAUAAUGAUGUUAGUAAAUUUUGAUGUAAACUUUUAUAGAUGAAAAUUGAACAAUGAGCUAGUUUAAGAAUAGAAGAAAAGUUCAGUCUCUUAUUUUCUCAACCUUUUGUAAUUUGAUGAAAACAAUGUUUUUAUUAUCACCUGAACCUUUUUCUAACUUUGAAAAUGAGAUUGCGUCAUAAAUAGAAUAAACAAAAAGUUAUACAAUAAAACUGUUUUGUUAAUAGAAAUUUGA